AUGCCCCUCGAUAUUGUUUCCGACGAUGACGUCGAUUUGUUUGAGGAGGACCCACUUGAGGAUGACCUUGAGGGUGAGUUCCCUAUUGCUGCUGAUGAUAUCCUACUCAUUGCUGAUGCUCCUACAGAGGAGGCUCCUGUUCAUUCACCUGUUCCAGACCCCUUUGAGUAUGUGGCGUCCGCACCUUUGCACACUCAGGGAGUGCAGCACCACUCACAUGACGUCGACCCUGAUAUGGCGUCAUCAGCUGUACCUGUUCCCGCACACAGCUUUGAGUUUGAUCACGAUGUUGAUGAUGAUCCAGAUCCUAUUUUUCCACCUGAGGAUCCUGUUGUUGCACCACGUCCUGAUCUAGUGCCGGUACCGUUCAACCGAGCACCUUUUGCGACCCAUAUCGAUCCACGAUACGCUUACACCCGCAACGGGUGGAUAGAUGAUGACGAUGAUUACCCACCUUUCGUGAUACCAGUUACACCCCCUGUAGCCCCUGUUUCAGCCCCUGUUUCAGCUCCCAUUGAUGUUCCUUUGCUUCCCACACACACCACAGAUGCUCGCCGCACUGACUUACCUAUCACGUUUCUUCAGGACAUACCUCCACCACGUCAUGGGGAGGGUUCAUCACGACAACCAUUUGGUCAUACAUCUUACGUGUCAGGAGGAGGCCAGUUUGUGCCCCAGAUUUCUCAUCCUACUGUUGUUCCCACUGUUGCACCAUUUACUGUACCAUCCUUCACCCCACCUAGUGCGCCAUUCCUCUAG